AUGGCGAGCAGAGUGAUGUUCACAGUGUCGGUGAAAGCCGAGGGGAUGGUUGAGGUGAAGGUCGACGUCAAGGUCAAGGUCAAGGUGAAGGUGAAGGUCGAGGUCAAGGUGAAGGACAAGGUGAAGAUGCAGGAGGAGGGACAAGGUCAUGGCGCAAGCUUCACGAUGGGCAUGCAAGUGAUGAAGCAAAGGAGGAAAGCAACUUACCUGAUGAUGUCCUGA